AUGCUGCGUCCCAUGAGCCACAUCAAGCAGCAGGAGCUGGCGCUGGGAGUCCAGAAAGCCUCGGCGCUCUUCGAAGCUCGGCUCCGGCAACUGGAGGCGGUCAAGGAUCAAGAGAUUGCUACGCUGCGCGAGAGGGCCACUUCUGCGCUUCGCAAGGCAGACGAGCAGCGUGCUCUUGAAGUUCAGGGCCUGCUCCGGCAGCUCGAGCAAGAGCGCGCGGCGAGGGAUGCUUCCCAGUACCACAUCGAGAGCUUGCAGAGGAUGGUGGAAGAGCUCCGACAAGAGGCGCUGGACAGACCCUCUGAGGCAGAGGCCCAUCGCCUGCGGGAGCAGCUGCGGCAGCUGCGCGAGCAGCAGCCUGCCCGUAUGACGCAGCCACAUCGGAGGGCUUAG